UGAUAGUACGCGUGCGCGGCGCGGGAGGCGCGCAGCGCCCACUGUGCCGGGCGCGCCGGACCGCGCGCCACGCGUACCGCCACCGUCGCCGAUCAAUACCGCGCUGCAACGCCCGAACCGAAAUAUCCACCGGUUAGCUGCACCCGCUGCACUGAAACGCGUUUCCCACACAAUCGAAACACUGUCAUGUGCUUAUCGAUUAGGCUCUAAAAACCGGGCUUUUCUUUGUCAAUGAAUCCGAGUGAUCGAGAUUGAGAUUUUAUUUUCUUACACACAGUACUGAUAGUAUUAUAAUCUAUAUGUCGACGCGCAUCGAUUAAGGGUUGCGAGGAGACGCCACCGCGCAACAGCUGCCGCCGUCUGUUGUCUUGACCUGCAACUAUUAAUACGCCCAUCGUUGGACGUCAGACGGCCUUUGAAAUCAUAUUGGGCGGACGUUUUCCAGGCGGUAUUUCCAGCCAUAUACUUUGGUCGGGCGUGAAUAUGAAUUCGCGUUUGACUUACACAGACACAAAAUCAUUAUUGGCAUCGAGAGACAGACAGUGAUAGUUGAUUAGUGUACGUAGUGUAAGAAACUGAAAGUGAAUGGGUCGGUGAAGGCAGCCCCCGAUGGUCGGUUUGGGGGCCCGUCACGGCGGAGGGCUCUGAGGGCGCGGGGUGCGCGGGCGCGCGCGCCUCGCCGCCGCCCGGCUUCGACCGCGAGCUCUUCCAGGAGCUCAGCUUCUUGCCCGACGUCGAGCUGCGUGAGUGCCUCGGCGAGUACCCGGACUUCCUCUACCACGUGGCGAGGGACAGGUUCGGGAGGCUCUACUUCCGCGUGAUCAGGACGUUGCUCCUAGACCGAGUUCUAUGCAGCAACAGGGUGAGCCAAAUGACAAAAACCUACAAUGACAUCGAAGCAGUAACACGGCUCUUGGAAGAAAAAGAGAAAGAUUUAGAGUUGACGGCCCGCAUCGGGAAGGAGUUGCUGGCCACAAAUGGCGUAUUAGAAGCGCGGGUCAACUCUCUCGAAGGCGAACUGCGGAGCGCCAGAGACCACAUCACACAGCUGAGGCACGACCUCACUACAAAGACUGAUUUACUGCAGAUUCUAACAAAUGAUACAGAGGAGGGCUCGACCCCGUCUGAGCAGGAAGCGGCUCAGGAGGCGGCGCUGCGCAAGCGCACAGGCGCGCUGGAGCGCGAGAACCGUGCGCUGCGCGACGAGGCCGCGCGGCUCGCCGCCGGCGCCGACCAGUGCGAGCUGGCCGAGCGGCAGCUGCUGCGGGACAUCGCGCAACAACUUGCAAGUGCGAACUCGGAGGCUGGUGUGCUGGGCUCGGAGUUGUCGGAGGAGCGACAACGCGCUGCGGAGUUGCAGCAGCAGUAUGACUCCGUCAAUGCGAGGCUCGCUAAUACCGAGAAAAAUCUACAACAGAUAACUGCGGAGCACCAGCAGACGUUGCGGAUAUUAGAAAUAACUAAAGAUAACCAAAAUGCAUUGGCGGCGGAGUUGGCGGAUACGAAGGAGCGGUACAUGGAGGUGGCCGCUCACCUGGCCGAAGCUCAAGAGCAGCUCCGGCAGCUUCGCAAACGAACCGAGCCGACGCGCGGCCUCAUGCCGAGCGUGGCGGCCGCGGCCGGCCUCCUCCCCGCCAGUCUACAUCGAGAGAUGCACUCCUCCAUUUACUCUGAGCUCAGCAUGGACUCCGGCAUCGGCAUCGGCAGCGACCCGCUGCAACAAUCGAGCAUGGCGAAAGUGUUCGAGACGGUGCAGUGCGCGUCACGGUGGUCCGGCGCGUCCGGUGUGUCCGGCGCGUCGAUAGCCGGGUCCGACCAGCCGGACGCGCCGCUGCCGCGCUCGUCCUACCUCCUCCCCAAGCCCAAGCUGUCUAGCGACUCGUUCUUCGAAGACUCGGACACGGACUCGGAUGAACUCUACCCUGGCGGCACCGGUGAAGGCGUGCCCGGAGCGCCGGGCGCGGCGGAGCUGGCGGCGGCGCUGCGGCGGCUCACACCGCAGGAGAUCAACUCGCGACGAGCCUCCUUGGCCGCCUCGCACAUACUUAGGCAUCGGCGUAGUACAGAACGUGACUUGAGCGAAGAAAGCGCAGUAUGGGGUGCAGGCGCGGCGGGUGGGUUAGCCCGUUUCCGCGCUCCGCACAAGCUGCAGAUCGUCAAACCCAUGGAGGGGUCGCUCACGCUGCACACGUGGGCGCAGCUCGCCAAGCCGACCAUGUCAGGGUUACUAGAAGAGCAGGAGGGUGUCGGAGUCCGCGGCUCCCGCUCGGCGCAAGCCCUAGGGCUGCGGCUGUACCGGCUGUCUGACGUGGAGGAGGAUGACGACAUGCCGCGCCUGCCGCACUCCAGCCAUAUCUAUACCUUUACUAACAGCACGGUGAUGCACCCGAACGACGGCAGCCUAGUGAGUAGCACGCGCGGCAGCAGCGUGAGCUCGGGCAUGAGCAGCCUGAGCUCGUCCGUGCUGGGCAGCGCGUGGAGCUCGCGCCUCACGUCGCGCCGCUCGUCGGCCGCCGUGUCGCCGGUGCUGUCGCGGCGCGAGUCCUUCUGCGAGCGUGUUGUCGAGCGACAUUUUACGCCUACGGCCACGCCUGCUAACAGCCCGCUGCUCGGCUCGCCGGACUCCUCGCCGCCUGCUACGCCGAGGCCCGGCGACGCUCCCCCCUCGCUGCACGCGCUGAUCGCGUCGGGCACGUCGAUCCUGCGGCGGCGCUACCUGGCGUCGCCGGCCGCCGACGGGUCGCCCGCGCCGCUCGCGCUGCAGACCCCCGGCUCGCUGUACACGGGGCUGGUGCACCGCAGCCCCAUGGAGCAGCUCACCUGCCUCAAGCGCACGCUGCGCUCGCCCGCCGCGCCCGAGCGGCAGGAGUCCGUGCUGGGCGUGCCCGCGCACCCCGGCGAGGGCGCGCUCGACGUGCCCGGCGCGGCCGCGCCGUCCGGCCGCAGACCCCGCGUCCGCGCGCCCCGCCCGCGCACGGACCUGGGCACGGUGGGCGCGCCGCCCGCGUCCGCGCCGCCGCCGCUCGAGAGGACCUCCUCCCCGCUCGGCACGCUCAGCGCGCUCCUGUUCGGGCGGAAAGGCGGCCUCCUAUAA